GUACGCGAGUGGCCGUGUGGCGGCGUCGGUGUCGCGCGCGCGAUGGCGCUGGCAGUCGAUGGCGCCGGCUAACGGCGGAAGCAUCAGCAGUCGCAGAGGAACCACGGUGACGGUUGUGAGUUGUCGUUGUACGCGCCAGAUAGAGACGAAACGAGCGAGCUAGUGCGGACGGAAAGAGCGAUCGCGCGAGAAAAGAACAACGACGGGAUAGAUAGCAACGGUUAAACGACUACGGGCGUUUUUGCGAGCUCCGUUGUCGCUCGAUCCACGCGACACGAGAAACCGCGGAUUCCGCCGUUCGCGCGACCAUCGUGGUUCGUUCCCAGCAGUUUCUCCGGUAUUGAGUGCGCGCGUGCGUGUUUCGUCCGUGUGUUUUCGUCGGUGUGUGUGAGAGAAAGAGAGAAAGAGCGAACGAGAUAGAGGUUCGCGGAGGAGGUGGACGGUACGUCGUCGUCGUCAUCGUCGUCAUCAGUUUUGUUUGUGUUUAACAUCGUGUGCCGCGUACGAGUACGUUCGGUGAAAAGAUAGAAAGGGAAAGAGCGAACGAGCGAGCGAAGAAAGAGAGAGAGAGAGAGAGAGAGAGAGAGAGGGAAAGAGAAAGAAAGACGCGCCGUUAGUAGCGCGUGGUGUGCAUACUACAGGAAGAAAAAGAUAGUGCUAGCAGAGGAAAGACGAGGGAGGAGAAGGUAUCAGCAUCAUCGCCGUAGGAGUAAGAGGAGGUGGAGGAGGAGGAGGCGGCGGUAGCGGCGGAGGAGGAGGAGGGGGAGGCGGCGGUACGAAGUGACGGAUUUGUUUUCUUGCACAACGGUGGAGCAAAACGGCCUCAAGCUGUGGGGCUCUGGGGCGUUUUUUCUUCCUGCGCAAGGGAUGUACUACCCUCACAUGGUGCAGACGGGGAUGGCUGCGCCCUACGGUGGGGGUGUCUUCCCGCCGCCGGUGAACGGGGUCGCGGGUGUUGUGGGGGCGGCAGGAGCGGCCGGUGACGUCAAGCCACCGCCGCCGGUGCAGGUAAAGGAGGACAACGCCGGGGCGCCUCAACAGCCACCACCUAGCGGGCCCCAGGUUCCACCCACAGCGGGUGCACCGCAUCCCUCCGCCUCCGGCGCACCGACCGCGGCCAGUUUCAGUCCGCCGCCACCUCCGAAUGGAGUCGAUCAACAGGCCAUCUCGGAGGUGUUUCAAGCUGCGGUGGCGGCUGCGGCAGCGGCACACGCGAAUGGCGGCGGCCAGCAACCGGCGCCAGCGACGGGUGCUGGCAAUGAGGCGAGCCCUGAAGGCGGCGUGGAGGCUACCACGUUAGUACCUGUCACCUCAGGUGCGACAACGCCAGCGACAGCGACACAGGGCACCGACCUCAAAGGUCAACCAAAGCGCUUGCACGUCAGCAACAUACCCUUCCGUUUCCGAGACCCUGACCUCAGGGCGAUGUUCGGGCAAUUCGGACCGAUCCUUGAUGUGGAAAUCAUAUUUAACGAAAGAGGCAGCAAGGGGUUCGGUUUUGUAACGUUCGCAAAUAGUGCAGACGCGGACCGGGCACGUGAGCGGCUACACGGCACCGUGGUUGAGGGCAGGAAAAUUGAGGUGAACAACGCAACAGCGAGGGUACAGACGAAAAAACCGCCGACGGUGCCGAACGUUUGCGUGCAGUGGCCAGAGGCCGCGGCACUUCGUGGAGUCGCCAUACAGCGAGGUAGAGUCGGAGCAGCGAGAGCGGCCUUCCCGACGGGUGCAGCAGCUUUAGCCCUGGCCAGGAAUCCGGGGCCACUGGCGGCAGCAGCUGCAGCCACGGCCCUGCAUCCCUUCGCACCGACCGUCUACUAUGAUCCGUUCCUCGCAGCACAUGCAGCUACACAAGAUUCCAACUACAGGCUACAGCUGGAAUGGCCUCAAGCAACAGCUGACGCCGCGGCAGCAGCAGCCGCAGCGUCACCAUUGCUGAAGACACCCCUGUCGACAGCACAGCAGGCCACCUACGCAGCUGCAGCAACCUACACGGCGGUGGCUGCGCGCGCAUACGGCGCAGCUGCAGCUGCGGCACAACCGGUCGCAGGAUAUGCCGCAGUAGCGGGUUAUGGCCGCGAGUACGCCGAUCCUUACCUCGGCCACGGCAUUGGACCCGUUACGGGUUACGGGGCGACUGUCUACAGGGGUGGUUACAGCAGGUUCACGCCGUACUAAAGCGGACUGUUGACUGCGAAGCACAGCGAGCCUUCCACAAAGUACACCGCGUUAUACUCAGCAGACAACAUGACCAGUUAACAAGUCGACACAAUCAUCACCAUCAUUUCGCCAUCAUUGGGAUCACCGUACGAGGAGCGACGCGCCUGGACUCUCCGCCGUGGAGCGGAGAAGAGAUUUUGCGACGUUCACGAAGAUCGUUCGUACUUCCGCGACGUUGUCGAAGACGGAGAAGGAGAGAUAUCCCUCGAUACAUCAUCGUCAGCCUGCGAAGGAUCGCUCGAUAUUCGCGCGGCAAGCAAAUCCGCGUCGUUGUUUUCAGCGUCGGAACAAGUGUCGUCCGUCUACGUCAGUUCUACAAAUCCGAGCUAGAUUUGCUGCGAAACAGCUGCGAGCAACGGUCACGACGAUGACCGAAGCGAAGACGCGAUAAUAAGGAUAUCUCCUUUCCGUGUUCUCGCGGUACUUCGUUCGACAAACGCGCGGCGGUUGAGUCGAGAACCGACGCACCGAGGUGUGUCGAGUCGUUCGACGGCGAGUAGCUCUGAUCGUUUACCUGCCAGUACAGCCACAGUAGCAGCAGCAGCAGCAGCCAUUCGCUCGCGAAAACGCGGACAAAAAAGAGGGACCCGAUCGACUGACCGGGCCCCCCGCCUCCCUCCCACCGUUUCUAUUUGGAUGAAUUUAAAAGCCUCAAUGAUGAUAUGUCGACGUUUUUGACAAAAGUUUCAACGACGAAAUGAAGCUUGUCGCCAUUUCUUUCAGCUCUAUCCAAUUCUCAUUGAGCCGGGGUCAGUCUUUCGGUGACGCACACCACCGUCGUCAGCGUGUAACACUCAUAGUCGCGCUGUCGCGCAUUUCCUCAAGGGGAUUCGCAUAUCCGGUGCGAUUUGAAGUGUUUUUUUAAUAACGACCGUGCGAGGGUCGAGAUGUUCGAGAUGCUUUCUCUUGAGCGCAAUACGCAACGGAAUAUAAAGACGCGCACGAUAUAGCUAUGUAUAACCCUCUUGUUUAUAUAGUUGCUGCGAAAAAACGCACUACUGUUGUCUCCGAUACGACGUGCGUGCGGUCACGCACGCAUUUCCCACUCAUCGCAUCAGCCCACCAAUUCAUGCGGGCGGAAAUGCAUUUCGCGAAUGCACGAACCGCGGAAUCGUCCCGGCUGCUGUGCGCUCGUGUGCGCGUAUUCGGCGAAACGCGCGCGCAUGCACACACUUUGUAGGAGUGCUAGUAGACAAAAAAAUGUGCUUCCGCAAGAGAGAUGUGUCAAGCGUCCGUAUGCUGCUGAUAUACAUGUAUACACACACACAAUUGCGUAACUUUCACGGGAAAGUCCGGUUAUGCUAUUGCGUCUCGCAUACGCGAAAUUACGAGCGCAUACUUGCUUGCCGAGAUUCUCACUCGUUUGUCGCGACAGUGCUACUUCCGCCCGACGCCGUUGCCCAUCUCACUCAGCCAAUUGUAACAUAGCUAUGCAUUUACUGUAAUUAUUCUUGUUUAGUCAUCGUUAACCGUGUGGUUUGUACUCGUAGUCUAAAUUAGCGGAUAAUACACCGACCCGCGGUCGUCGACAGGCACACGAAAUAUUUGGCAUAAUUAUAUCGUCGCAUUGAACGCCGAAUUCCGGCAGGUUUUAUUCGCGCGCGCGCGCGCGCGCGCGCAUGCGAGAGAAACAUUUCCGACGCAGCAGAGCGCUGUAGAGCAGGCGACAAUUCGGCAAAUUCAUUUUCGACGCGUGUAGAUUCAAGGAACGAUGCCGAUCAAAGUUAACGAUCGAUCGUGACGACGAAAUUGACAAGGACGAAGUAGAGCGAUCGACAAUGAACCGAACAAUACAUUAACGUGUGGAAUAUGGGCAACUAGCGACAUGUUCCCGCUACGAUUAGACGUGUAGCAUAAUGUGGGGACGCACGCGCGUAAAUGGCUGCCGCCUGCGGAAAAAAUUGCAGUUUGCUCUGUUUCAAGGCAGCGAAACGUCGACGAAGGAGCGCACAUACGUUGUCGACACGAGCCGAUACGAGGUGAUGGUCCGGUAAUAUAUUAUAUAAAGCGAGACCUCUCUCUCUAGGUAGCUAGGUAGCUAAAAAGAAGAAGAAAAAAACGUGAAAAGCGACGUAUAGCGAAUACAAAAGCAAAAAAAAACGUGUGCGUGUGUAAAUGUAUGUGUGUGACCGGUAGGGUUUCUAUGCCAAAUAUUAUACGCGUGUAUGCUCUUUCGUCGAGUAUACGUGUGCGUAGGUUCGCGAACUUGAAAGACUCUGUUCUUGGUACGCCAUUUUAUUAAGGAGAAGUGAAUAGUAGGAGACACGUGGUGACGUAGCAGUCUUUGAGAGAGAAGGAAGAAUCGC